UUUAAAACAAUGUUGUUUUUAUGCAAUGUCAAUGCUCUGUCAAUGCUUGAAUAUGAAAAUAUUUUUUUAUUUGACAUUAUGAUUUUAAAUAUCUGUGAAUCAACUGCAAAUAUUUCUUUCAAUAGAUUGAGCCCAAUAUUUUCUAAAGUGCUUUAAUUCUAGGUUCUUUCUUAAGUUGGGGGCCCCUUCAGGUUCGGGGCCUGGGACAAAAUGCUCCCCUCUCCGUGGCCGUAUGGUGUUGGCAGGCACUGUAACAAUAUUAGAAAAGAUUACAAAAAUAAUAAUAGGAGGAAAUUGCACACUUCUAUUAUAUAUGCAUGAUAAAAUACCAAUAAUUUUGCACUUCUCAUUUAAUGAAGUUAUUUUCCAUUAUUAUAGAGAAUAUGAUUGACAAAGAAGCUUUGGAACUCUUAGAUGAAGCAUCUGUAAAGGAAAUGGUUGUAGCUAUUGGGCCUAGACAAAAGCUGCUAAAAAUGUUGGUGAAAGAAAAGUUCCUUCCUGGGACUUCUGUGACAACAGUGAGUGCUGAGACACCUGUGGCAGUGGCAGUGAGGACUGAGAUGUCCAGUACAGCAAGUUCUUCCAAUAGGAAUUUUGCUUCAGAUUCAUCAAAACACAAAGAAAUCAAUGCAAAGAAAUUAAAGGCUGAUUUUAGCAUCCGAUCAAUUCUUGAAAAUUCUGCACUUGGCGAAGAAAUCCUGUUUGAAUUGGAUAACGGGAGACUACCCAGAAAACAGAGAUUGAAGAUGGUUCAGGUUCUUGUAGCCGAGAUGAUUGAGAGAUUUGGGGACAGGCCACGAGCAGAUGUAAAAGUGUCCAUGGCCAGAGCUGUAGUUGAGGAAUUCCCCUUUCUUAAGGAUGAAGAAGGCCAAGGAUUUGAAGCUUGGUACACUCCUGGGAUGGGCAUUCAUUCAGCUACAGGGUGGCUUGAAGAGAAAUUGAGAAAUGUCAGAAGACGCUCAACAGAGGGGAAAAAAGUUGGUGUGUCAACUAGUGCGCCAAGCUCUAAGCUUGUUAAAGUUGGUGCAUUACCAGAAUGCAUAAUAAGUGAUGAUGAAUACAUGGGAAUGGUAGAAUGGUUAAAGCAUCACAUCGAACCACUCAGCAAAGUAAAGCAAUACAUGAAGAAAACAUCAAUCAGUCGUGCUGCAUGGAUUAAGGAAAACCCUCAACUAUCAGUCUGUGAUAUACUGAAAGAACAUCCAAGGUUGUUCGACAUACCUGGUAUGAUUGAAAUAGACUUUGAAGAAAUAUUUGGUGAAGUUGCAGAUAAUCUUUUCCUAAAAUGGACACCAUCUUUUGCUGAAAAAGUUAUUGCCUAUGCUAACAGCCAAGCAAAUUGGCACAGUUACCUCCAUGUUGACAUGCAGAAAGUCAACACUGAUGAGGAAAAACAAAAUGUUGCAAUUGUGCUCUUACCAGCAAUAUUUCCUACUGGACGCAAAGGGAAAAAGAAAAGCACCAUUGAUGAUGCUAUCAAGGUUUUUGUUGAUGUUCAACCAAUUGGUACCAACAUGCCAAAAUAUCUUGAGGAAAACUCCACUGAUGAGCCACAGGUUCUGGUUCAUGGAAGUGUCACCAGUCCUCAACAAGUGUUUGUUGUUAGCAAAGGCAGAGCAUUGGAGAGGUCAAAUUUGUUGACUGCUAUCGACACCUGUUUCAAGAUGUUUUAUAUUAUGGAUAUCGAAUACCCCUGGCAAUGUGGCAUCACAUGGGAAUUUUUCCAAAAAGUAAUUUUUGGUUUGGAGGACAGGUGCAAACAUAAAAAACUGCUCCGUCUGUUAUCUCCAUACGGGCUGCAUUAA